UGAAAGAAAACUAUACUCUUUUUCAAAUUGACAAAAAAUAAUUCAGUUAAGUUGAAGUCUGAUAAAUAAGAAAGGUAGACAAACGGUUCCCUGCCAUUCGGAACUCCCUCUCCCUCCUCUCCUCUCUCUCCGUCAACGACCAUGCCCAGCCACCACCACCACCGUUCCACUCCUCUGCUUUCUUCCUCCGCCUCCACAUCUUCUCAAUCCUUUCUCUCCAAGCUCAUCGUCCUCCUCACUGUCCUUCCCCUCUCCCUCGCGCUCUUGGCCUUUGUCCUUCAGUGGCGUGGUGGAGCCGUCUCCGAUCCUACCAUCGCCACAACCGCCUCCACCUCGCGAUGGGCACCUCAUGGAUCCCAGCACGAGGUCUUCCCCGGCAUGGAGACGUUAGCCUCUCUUGCCCCCAAGGUCCACUCCUCGUCUUCGGAUUGCUCCAGUCUUGUCCGCAGCGCUUCUCCUUCGUUCCCCUAUUACGGUGAAUGGAAGUUUGGAAUCGAGACAAAUUUAAAGCCCAAGAUCUGUAUUACAACAAGUACAUCAGCUGGCUUAGACCAGAUUUUACCGUGGAUGUUUUAUCAUAAAGUUAUUGGAGUGACAGACUUUUUCCUCUUUGUGGAAGGGAAGGCUGCAUCUCCUAAUGUUUCAAGAGUUUUGGAAUCUAUUCCUGGAGUGAAAGUGAUAUAUAGAACAAGAGAGCUAGAGGAGCAGCAGAGUAAAAGCCGGAUCUGGAAUGAGACAUGGCUUUCAAGUUUCUUUUACAAGCCUUGCAAUUAUGAGCUAUUUGUUAAGCAAUCACUCAAUAUGGAAAUGGCAAUUGUCAUGGCAAGGGACGCAGGAAUGGAUUGGAUACUUCAUCUUGACACUGAUGAAUUGAUACACCCAGCUGGCACUAGUGAAUAUUCUUUGAGGCAAUUGCUGCUUGAUGUGCCUAGCAAUGUUGAUAUGGUUGUAUUUCCAAAUUAUGAGAGCAGUGUUGAAAGAGAUGAUAUUAAGGACCCCUUUAGUGAGGUAACAAUGUUCAAGAAGAACUAUGAUCAUCUUCCAAAAGACACCUACUUUGGCAUGUACAAAGAAUCAACCCGUGGUAAUCCAAACUACUUCCUGACUUAUGGGAAUGGAAAAUCAGUUGCACGUAUUCAGGAUCAUCUUCGUCCAAAUGGUGCCCAUAGAUGGCACAAUUAUAUGAAAACCCCAAAUGAAAUCAAAUUGGAAGAGGCUGCUGUUCUGCACUACACAUAUACCAAAUUUUCAGACUUGACAUCAAGGCGUGAUCGGUGUGGCUGCAAGCCUACGAAGGAGGAUGUCAAAAGAUGUUUCAUGUUGGAAUUUGACAGAUCUGCAUUCAUAAUUGCUUCUACUGCCACACAGGAGGAGAUGCUAAACUGGUACCGUGAGCAUGUUGUAUGGGGUGACAAAGAACUUAAAAUGAAACUCCUGAGAAAGGGUAUUCUGACGCGGAUUUAUGCUCCAAUGGUCAUAGUACAAGGUUUACGAGAGUCUGGUGUCUUCAGUUCUGUUAUCACAUCUGCCCCCAAUACUCUUUCAAGGGACAAGUUUUUAGCAUCGAUUGAUAGUAGUAACUCAUCCAGAACUGAUUCCUCCAAAUCCCAUCCCUCAAGAAAAAUUGGUAGAGGCGGAGAUAAUCAAGCAUCUGCCAGGAAGGUAUUGGAGAUUGAUGCUAUUGCAUCUCAUCAAGUGGCUGUUCCACCAUUGUCACCGCCGGGACCUGAAACUGACGACUUCGUCAAAGCAUGAAGGACUAGCCGGGCUUUUGCUUACUCAUCGUCCUCUGUUUGACUAGUCUAUCCAAUGUAAGUCCCUUAUUAGGGAAAGGAAGAAUAAUGAGAAAAGAAACAGCAUGUCAGUUUUUGCGUCACCGGGUAUACAGUUUCAUCCCAAUUGAUGCAUUAAACUCACCCUAACAAGUGUACUCCGUUGUUUUAUGUAAUAUAAUGGUGAGAAAAGUAUUAAAUUCAUAAGAAUUGC